AUGAACUUCACCAACAAGGUUGUGCUGCUAACUGGCGCCGCGUCAGGAAUUGGCGCUGCUACUGCAGUUCGUUUUUCGGAGCUUGGCGCUAAGCUAGCCAUUGUUGAUCUGAGCGCUGAAGGACUUAAAAAGACAGCUGAGAAUUGCAAAAAAUGUGCCAAGUCAAAAGAUCAAGGAGAACCACUUCAAAUAGUAGGGGACGUUAGCAAGUCGGAAGAUUUGGAAUGCAUUGCUAAGUCAACCAUUAAAAAAUAUAAAAAACUGGAUGUGUUAGUAAAUAAUGCCGGUAUUAUGGAGGAUGGUACCAUUGAAACCACAUGCCUGGAGCAGUUUGAUCGCAUGAUACACACCAAUUUACGUUCCCAAUUUUAUUUAUCAUUACUGUUAGUGCCGGAAUUAUUGAAAACAAAGGGCAACAUUGUGAACACAUCGAGUAUAUGCGGCAUGCGUUCAUUUCCUAACACGCUGGCCUACAAUAUAUCUAAAGCUGGUGUAGAUCAAUUCACACGCUGCGUAGCGCUGGAACUUGGCGAGCGCGGCGUGCGUUGUAAUUGCGUAAAUCCUGGUGUUAUAUAUACUAAUUUACAAAAGCGAUAUUUGGAUGAGAAUGGAUACAAGGAAUUUCUUAAAAAAGCAAAAUAUACACACGCUUUAGCUCGCUAUGGUCAACCAAUUGAAGUGGCAAAUGUAAUAUGCUUUCUAGCAAGUGAUUUGGCUAGUUUCAUCACGGGUCACAAUAUACCAGUAGACGGUGGGAGACACGCUAUGACACCGCGCUAAAUUGCAACAAAAUUCAAAAAUAACGACUUUCUGAAAAAUGAUGUGGGAGCAAUGUGAAAACCAAUUAAGCUGCGAUGU